AUGUUCUAUAAAAUACAUUUAUGGCUAACAUGUUUAUCAGUAAUUAUAAUAACUGUGAAUGGACUGGGAGGUGGAAGUGGCGGAACAGGAGGCGGGGGUAAUGGUUAUGUUAGUUCAAGUGGCGGUGGAAAUUCAAAGAGAUCGUCGUAUAAAGUAUUAUAUUUGCCAGUAAUUCCAGUUAAAUCAACAACAAAAGGAGGCUCUGCUGGAGGAGGUUAUCCAAAUGGGGGUUCAAAUGGUGGUUAUGCUAAUGAUAUAGGAUAUAAUGGCAAUAAUGAAUUUAAUGGAGGCAACCAAGGUUCAGCCAGGUAUAGUGCAAGUGAUGACUCUCCUGUUAUUCCGGUAAUAAUAAUACAAAAAAGCGAUGAAUACAGUAGUGGAUCGCCCGGUGCUGCAACCAAUUUAGCCAAUGCCCCUAAUAAUAAUAAUAAUAAUAAUAACGGUAACAAUGAUGGCUAUAAUAAUAAUAAUAAUAAUAGAGGAUUUGACGAUGGUGAUAACAAUUCAAAUCAAGAUUUCGAUACAUAUAAUACUGGAUCCUCAUCAGCAAGAGGACCGGGAUUUAGAGAUAACGGAUCGGGAGGUGGUAUAGGAGCAAUGAUGGUGGUGUUCAGUGAUUCAAUUUAUGGUGGUGGUGGUGGUGGUGGAAAUGUUGGUGCCAAUUAUCAUCCUCAUCAUCAUAAUAUGAGAAGCUCGGCCACUAUGGGUCACGGUAUUGCCAUUGCUGGAGGAAUAGGAGGACAUACUAAUCGAGAACCUAUAGGCUAUGGUUCGGGUAAUUUUAUGACCAAUGGUUUUUAUCCGAGCUAUUAA